AUUGUUUUCAAACAGAAAACAAGCCGGCUGGAAACCUUCAAAUAAUUCGAUCCAGCCCCGACACAAACCCCGUCUUAUGAUACAACAUCGAUUCGUAUAUUUUACUAAAGUCAAAUAACAAUGGCCGAAGCCCAGGAUGCCUGCAGGCAGCUCCUUCCGCGCGCAAUCUUUGGUAUCAACGGGAAGGUGGAGAAUGGAGUGCGCCAGCAUCCGCGCACGGGGUCCAUUAUCUUUGCUUUGGGGAACAAGAUCGGUAUCGCCGACUACAAGAAGAACACGCAGGAGUUUGUGGCAGGACACACCAACACCAUAUCCUGCCUGGAUCUGAGCAAGAGCGGCAAGUACUUGGCCUCCGGCCAGAUCAACCACAUGGGAUUUCGGGGAUAUGUGAUCAUCUGGGACUACGACAGCCGCAAGGAGAUAGCCCGGCAUGACCUGCACAAGGUGUCGGUCCAGGCCAUCUGCUUCACCGCCGAGGACCGUUGCGUGGUGUCCAUUGGAGGAGUAGAUGACGGCUCUGUCAUCGUCUUUGACAUGGAAACAUUCUCUCCCAUUUGCCAAACACCUGCCUCGCGGGCCAUUUCUGGAAACGCUCUGACUGUCCGACCGCUGCACAACAAUCCGUACUUCUUUGUGACUGCCGGUGAUCGCCACUUGCGGCUCUGGAGUAUCCUCCGCGAGCAGAAGAAACUGUACGUCCAGGAUGUGCUGAUGGCCAGCAAGACUCGUGUGUUCUACUGCGCUCGCAUCAACAAAACGGAUGAGUUUGCCUAUCUGGGCACGGGCACGGGCGACAUCGUGAAGAUCGUGCUCAACUGCUGCGACAAGGAUCAUGUAAGCAGACCAGGCUCCACCAGCUGCAUCCUAGGUGCCUUUGGCACACACAAUCCCCGAAAGCCAUCUGGCAAGGAUUGCAAUCGUUUUGUCAAUGGGGUACGGGCCCUGUACAUCCUCGAGGGAGGACGUCUGUUGAUUGGGGCGGGCAACGGGGACAUAGAGCUGGUGGAGGAGCGAACAGACGUUCCGUUGAUUAAUUUCCGGGAGUAUCCAGGCCCAACAUGGCCGUAUCUUCGCACUUUGAAAAAGACUCAUGUGUCCGGCAGGAUUUCUUCGUUCGUGCGCUCCACUACGGACAUGUUUUACAUAUGCACGGAUACUAACGAAAUCUACGGCCUAAAAAUUACCACCUGGGUACUGAAGCUCCUGCGAACCUGCCACACCAAGUCUGUCUUUUGUAUUACGUUCCCCAAAAAUUACUCUGCCGUGUUCGCCACGGCGGGAGAGGAGAGCAUCCGUAUUUGGUCCUCUGGGAGGAAACAGGAACUGCUCCGUAUAAUGGUCUACAACUUCAACUGUGCCUGUGUUCGCUUCACCCACGACGGAACCAGCAUCGUCUCUGUUUGGAAUGAUGGAAUCAUUCGCGCGUUCACCCCAAUCACAGGAAGACUUAUUUAUGCCAUUCCGAAUUCUCACAACAAAGGAUGUAGCGCCCUGGCAGUGGCUUCCACUGGCCGCCUGAUUGUAACGGGUGGAAUUGAAGGUCAAGUGCGUGUGUGGAAGAUCGAGCCUUACCGCCAGGCCCUGUUAGGUGUCCUUAAGGAUCACUCAGGGCCCAUUACCUCGUUGGAUAUCAACUAUCUGGACACGGAAGUAAUAUCCGCCUGCACCGAUGGCUCCUGUGUGAUAUGGGAUAUCAAGCGAAUGACCCGCAAACAAGUGGUUACCGCCAACACACAGUUCAUGACUGCCGCAUUUUUCCCCACUGGAGUCCAGGUGAUCACGUGCGGCUCAGACGGGCGGAUCAUCUACUGGAUGGUUUAUAAUGGAGCUCUGAUCCGUGAACUUACUGCCUCCAAGAAAUCGUCUGUGAAUUGCUUGGCCAUCAAUGACACUGGUGACUACUUCAUCAGCGUGGGCAGUGAUCUCCAGGUGAAGCUCUGGAACUACAACAGUGGAGCCGUGGUCGGUCUGGGCUCCGAGCACGCCUCCUCUGUGAUCAGCUGCGCCUACAGUCCCUGCAUGAGCAUGUUCGUAACUGGAAGCACGGACGGAUCCCUCAUCAUUUGGGAUGUGCCCCGAGAAUUCUGGGGCCGACCUAAUCCUCCAGAAGGGCCCAGAUACUCGCUUCCCAAGGCCACAUCCAAGAACAAGUUCAGCGAAGUGCCUUCGAGAGUCAAUUCCGGAACAAAUCUGAAAUCGGUGAAGGGCGAAAACAUCGACGGGCUAUUGAAGGCCACGCCCAAGGACGAUCUGUGCUGCGUAGAAUGCCCUCCCUGCGCCAAAAAGGAGGACAAGAAGGAUCCGUAUGCCGAGUGUGGAAUUGUGCCGGAUGUGAGGAAGUGUUGAGAUUUUUUCGUUUAAAUUAUCCUUAAAACGUGGGAAAUAAAUG